AAUGGAGUAACUCCUGAGAACCAAAUUCAAGACCAGCACCUCACGGUCCUCCCUGUUGUCAGCGUUCGUCAUGAGAGCCGCAACAACGAGCAACCAGCCACGCAAGAUGGCGAAACCAAAGAAACAAAGCCUCACAAUUGCCAUACUCUACUCGAAAUUGUUGUGAAGAGUGCGGGCACCCAGAAACAGGAGGAAGUCAAAGCUGGAGACACCGCUGGGAAAGAACGCUCAGAUCCCCGCAGGACCGAUACCAAACCAAAGCCAGUGGAGGCUUCUGAUCCUAAGGAGCAAUCUGACGAGUCCAUCAAAAAGUCACGCGCUGCACGGAGGUCUAUGCAAUUCCCCAAUGAUAUUGAGAAAAUAUUCAACGACGGUAAACACAAGGGCUCCGCACUCGACAUAUUUCGCGGAUACGACAAUUACCCCAGGAGCGACAGUUCUUCCAGAAGCAAUAGCUAUUCUGGCAGUGAUAGCCAAUCCCAAAGCGUCGACGAUGCAUCCUCAUGGGCAGAGUCUGCGGUCAGCGACGUGAAUCCAGAGGAUAUUGACGACAACUCACCAUCCAGACUGGAAUGGCUGAGGCAGAAGAGAGAAGACAACGAGAAGAAUCCUCAUCUUGACCAACUAAUGUCGUUAGUUGGCCUGGAGAAUGUGAAAGCCCAUUUUCUUGCCGUUAAGGCCUGGGUUAAGGAGAGUAAGGGGACUGACCCUGGCCUGUCAAAGUUGCGACUUCACCUAGUUCUUCACGGCAAGGAUGGAACAGGCAAGAAAACCAUAGCAAAACUCUACGCACAAUUUCUCCUCUCUAUAGGAGCCGUGAAUAGCCAGGUCUUUUCCAAGAAGCCGACCGCCAAGCGAAGACCAUAUAUGCCUCGUUAUAGAAAGUCAUCCUCGGCACCACACCUGCAUCCUACAUUUGUGUUCUACGACAAACCAAAUUUCAGUCAAGCUUCGUCAGGCAGUGGAUACUAUGAUUCCUCUGACAGUGACGGCAGUAGCUCAUAUAGCCCGUGGGAUAAUCGCCGUUCAUACCGUACACAGUGCUCAGAUACAAUGGAAGACCUCGCCGAGACUGCAUUGGUGUCUGUUGUAAUCAUCUCUACGCGAACCAAGUCUCUUCUCGAUUCUAUCGAAGGCAACGAGAAGGCUUUAGAAGAACUACAGAGUCCCCUGUGUCUUGCAGACUACAGUGUUGAGGAGCUCAAGCAGCUCGCUGUGCGUAUAAUACAGAAAAGGGGCAUGUCGGUUGAGGGCGGAUUCGAAGAUCGCAGCCUUCGUGCCUUGGUGCAGCGAGUAGCACGAGAACGAAAGUCGAAAGUGUUUUCCAACAUUCACCGCCUAGAGGAAGAAGUGGACAAGGCAUGCACGAGACGAGCUCUCCGGCUGCAGAAAGAAUACGCUCGAUGGCUCAGUAAUGAUUCGAUUGGAGGCUCUCAACCAGCAAAUUUUCCACGACGAGCACUGGAAGAUGGAGACGACCUCGAUAAGUGCAAGUUUGCCGAUUCAACCAAUGGCCAGAAAAAGGUCCUCAAGUCAGAGGACCUUUUAGGUACAGAGCCGAAGGAUCUGCGAAAUGAUAACGAGUCGUGGAAGAAGCUCCAGGACAUGAUUGGCCUCAAAAAGGUCAAGAGUGAAUGCGGCGACAUCAUCGACUAUGCCCAGUUCAACUACCGCCGAGAGCUGCAAGGGAUGGAACCGCUCAAGAUUGGUCUUAACCGAGUGUUUCUCGGACCGCCUGGCGUAGGUAAAACGACGGUUGCGCAGCUUUACGGCCAGAUCCUCAUUGAUCUCGGUCUCGUCUCUGGAAGGAAAAUCAUGUUGCGAAACCCAUCCCACUUGAUCGGCGCCUACAUAGGGCAUUCCGAGAUGAAGACCAUGGGCGUCUUGAAGGAAGCCCGAGGGAAUGUGCUGAUCAUUGAUGAUGCACAUAUGCUCUAUCCCGGAGCCCAGGAUGCCGGCCACAAGACGGACGUCUUUCGCAUCGCUGUCCUUGACACUAUCGUCGCGAAUGUGUCCGCCGAACCAGAGGACAGGUGCAUCAUCCUGGUUGGUUACGACCAUGAAAUGGGCCAACUGUUCAAUAACAGUAACCCUGGGCUCCACCGACGCUUUCCCAAGGAAACUGCCUUGCGAUUCGACACCUACAGCGAGGAUGAGCUGUGCCAGAUCAUGGAUCUGAGCGUCGAAAAAAGUGGUCUCGAAUUGUCAAAGGACGCUGCGGCGGUGUCUAGACAAGUCUUAAGCCGUAUGCGUAUCAAUCCGAAGUUCGGAAACGCGGGCGACGUUGAGAAUCUACUCAACCAGGCAAAGGUCCGCAUCAACGCACGAAUCACGUCCGCAUCCCGUGAAUCAGGGUCUGUAGAUGUUGUCAUAGAGCCUGGCGACAUCGAUCCGCACUGGGACCGGGAAUCACAAGCUGGCGAAAGUCGCGCUACGCUCUUUGAAGGCUUCGUCGGUUUCACCAGGAUUAUCGAGCAAUUUGAAGGCUAUCAGCACCUAGUUGCUGGCAUGCGGCUUUAUGACAUCGACCCCAGACCUCACGUCCCCUGGUCCUUCAUUUUCAAGGGGCCACCAGGCACUGGUAAGACUUCAACCGCACGAAAAGUUGGGCGAUUAUACUAUGACAUGGGCCUACUUUCCACGGACGAGGUUGUGACCUGUUCAGUCAGUGAUCUUAUUGGAAAGCACGUGGGAGAAACGGGACUAAAAGUCCUCAACACUCUCGAGACUGGCCUCGGAAAGGUCCUGUUCAUCGACGAAGCCUACCGACUUGCCAACGAUUCUAAGUUCUAUGUAGAGGCUGCCGGCGAGCUAGUCGAUGCAAUGACCCAAGUGCGCUACAGAAACAACGUGGUUGUAAUCUUGGCAGGGUAUACCGUCGAGAUGGACUUUCUCCUACAGGUCAAUCCUGGAUUGCGAAGUAGAUUCCCAGAACAGAUUGUAUUUCAGCCGAUGAGCCCACAUGCAUGUCUUAGGCAUCUAAGGCAAGAGGUCCAGAAGCUCAAGAUCAACAUUAUGGGAGCAAGAGGAGCAAAUAAAAACAACGUGGAAAAGGUCUAUCGUCUUUUCAAAAAGCUUGGCCUGACGAGGGGAUGGGCCAGUGGCCGAGACGUUGAGACUUUAGCCAAGACCAUCAUAGGCAACGCGUACAAGCGGGCGGGGAGGACAAAGAAGAAGCUAGACAUGGAAUCGCUGCAAGUAACUUUGGAAGAAGUGAUCGCAGCCCAAAAAGGGAUGUCGGCGGAACGCCUGGGACGAAUGAGUGAUGAGGCGGAGGAUUAG